CGUGCGUGCGUUAUGUCAGAAAGCAGAUAUCGCCAGGGUGAGAAAAAAAACGAAGGGGAAAAGAAAAGACAAGCGGCUCCUAGGACCGCUACAAUAAUCGCAUUAACGGAACUGAUUCAGAAUUGUCUCUUGGUGCACAAAAAAAAUCCUUGUUUUUGGCAGAUCUUAUGAUCACGUUUUAAAAACCCAAUGAGGAAAGCUGUCGUCUUUGCGUAGCGUACCAUUUGUUUUGGAGGAGUAGGGAACACAACCGAAUCGUUGUUUUUACAGCUGAACGGGUGCAAUUAAAGCGUGGAUAGAGAAGGGUGGAAAUAGUGUGCAGAGGACUAUACCGCAGCUGUACAUUUUGUCGUAUCCAACCGAGAAGGUUUUAUCCAUCGUCGUGUGUUAUCAAAACAAAGGUUUAUUUUGGAGCCUGCAUCCCCAUUUCCCAAUCUCCAAUUCAUGGUGUUGAUUGUUUGAUUUUUCGCUCAUCCUUUUUUCCGCGGUAAAGGAUGCCCGACCUGAUCUCGGUGUCCGAGUUCCUCUCGGAGACCACAGAGGACUACAAUUCCCCUACGACUUCCAGCUUCACCACACGGCUACAGAGCUGUAAAAACACCAUCAAUGUUCUGGAAGAGGCUUUGGAUCAAGACCGGACGGCUUUGCAGAAGGUGAAGAAGUCUGUGAAAGCCAUCUACAACUCUGGUCAAGAUCAUGUUCAAAAUGAAGAGAACUAUGGCCAGGCACUGGACAAGUUUGGGAGCAACUUCAUCAGCAGGGACAACCCUGACCUGGGAACUGCCUUCGUCAAGUUCUCCAGCCUUGUCAAGGAGCUGUCCGCACUUCUUAAGAAUCUGCUGCAGAGCCUGAGUCAUAAUGUGAUCUUCACCCUGGACUCUCUUCUCAAAGGGGACCUCAAGGGAGUUAAGGGGGACAUUAAGAAGCCAUUUGACAAGGCAUGGAAGGAUUAUGAGGCCAAGUUCACCAAGAUUGAGAAGGAGAAGAGGGAGCACGCCAAACAACACGGGAUGAUCCGGACAGAGAUCACCGGAGCAGAGAUCGCAGAGGAAAUGGAGAAAGAGCGCCGUCUUUUCCAGUUACAGAUGUGCGAGUAUCUGAUCAAGGUGAACGAGAUCAAAACUAAGAAGGGAGUGGACCUGCUCCAGAACCUCAUAAAGUACUACCAUGCACAGUGCAACUUUUUUCAGGAUGGAUUGAAAACUGCAGACAAGUUGAAGCAGUAUAUUGAGAAGCUCGCAGCAGACCUGUAUAAUAUAAAACAGACCCAGGAUGAGGAGAAGAAGCAGCUGACAGCCCUCAGAGACCUCAUUAAAUCAUCUCUGCAGCUGGAACAAAAGGAGUCAAGGAGAGACUCCCAGAGCAAGCAGAGCGGAUACAGCAUGCACCAGCUUCAGGGGAACAAGGAGUUUGGGAGUGAAAAGAAGGGCUAUUUGAUGAAGAAAAGUGAUGGGUUACGAAAGGUAUGGCAAAGGAGGAAAUGUUCUGUGAAGAACGGCGUUCUCACUAUCUCACAUGCCACAUCUAACAGACAGCCAGUGAGACUGAAUCUACUAACCUGUCAGGUCAAACCCAGUGGUGAAGAUAAAAAGGGCUUUGACCUCAUCUCCCAUAAUCGCACCUAUCAUUUCCAGGCUGAAGAUGAACAGGAGUUUAUGAUCUGGAUAUCGGUGCUGACCAACAGUAAGGAGGAGGCCCUGAACAUGGCGUUCCGUGGGGAGCAGAGUACAGGAGGAGAAGACACUCUGGAGGACCUGACCAAAACCAUCACAGAAGAGGUCCUACGGAUGCCGGGCAACGACAUCUGCUGUGACUGUGGUGCUGCUGAGCCAAAAUGGCUGUCUACCAACCUGGGCAUCCUGACGUGUAUUGAGUGCUCUGGGAUCCACAGGGAGAUGGGUGUCCACAUCUCCCGCAUCCAGUCCCUGGAGCUGGACAAGCUGGGGAGCUCAGAGCUCCUGCUGGCUAAGAACAUAGGGAACAGUAGUUUCAAUGACAUCAUGGAAGACAAUCUCCCAUGUCCCUCACCAAAGCCCGCCCCUUCAAGUGACAUGACUGUGAGGAAGGAGUACAUCAAUGCUAAAUACAUGGACCACAGGUUUGCCCGCCGGACUGGCUCGGCCACAGCCACAGGGGGGCGACUGUUGGAGGCGGUGCGCUACCGAGACCUGCUGUCACUCGUCCAGAUCUACGCCGAGGGGGUGGAGCUCAUGGAGACCCUGCCUGAGGCAGGACAGCAGGAGACCGGUGAGACUGCCCUCCACUAUGCUGUACGGACAGCUGACCAGACCUCCCUGCACCUCGUGGACUUCCUGGUGCAAAACAGUGGAAAUCUGGACCGUCAAACGGACAACGGAAACACUGCGCUGCACUACUGCUGUCUGCACGAGAAGCCCGAGUGUUUAAAAGUCCUGCUGCGGGGGAAGCCAGCCAUUGACAUCGCCAAUCAAACUGGAGAGACUGCUCUGGAUAUUGCCAGAAGGCUCCGGAAUGUCCAGUGCGAGGAACCUCUGGUGGAGGCAGCUGCGGGGAGGUUUAAUCCUCAUGUGCACGUGGAGUAUGACUGGAACCUGCGUCUGGAGGAAAUAGAUGAGAGUGAUGAUGACCUUGAUGACAAGCCCAGUCCAGUGAAAAAGGAACGCUCCCCGCGGCCCCAGAGCUUCUGCCACUCCUCCAGUAUGUCCUCCUCUCAGGACAAGCUCACCCUGCCUGGGGGUUACGCUCCCCACAGGGACAAACAGCGCCUCUCGUACGGGGCCUUCUCCAACCCAGUGUACAGCACAUCCACAGACACCCCUCCCUCGCCGGGACCCGAUGGGACCACAGCGCCCAGCAGGACGGCCGGGAAAGCGCCCUCUGCUGGCCCGCCUACCUCCCUACCCCUGGGCUCCCAGACUGGAGGCAGCGGGGGCAGCUCCACCCUUAAGAAGAGACCCCCACCCCCUCCCCCCGGGCACAAGCGCACCCUCUCAGACCCCCCCAGCCCAGUCCUACAAGGCCCUCAAAGCAAAGGUGGGAUCAGUUGGGGAAGCGAGUCCACUCCCCCGCCUGGAAGCAGGACCUCCCCUGGAAACAAGUUUGAGCAGCAGCAAAGCACUAGCACUACUAACACGAAGUCAACACUUGGUCCAAGAGUCCUACCCAAACUACCUCAAAAAGUGGCACUACGGAAGAUUGACACGAUGCACCUCCCCUCAGUGGACAAGUCCUGCCAGCCUCUGGGUCCUGAGGUUCUCCCGAAGUCAACCUCCGGCCAACCAGAGCCUUCCCAGAAAUCCCCUCUGCCGCCUGACACCGCCUCAAAGCCCCUGCUGCCGCCCGACGCCUCCUCAAAGCCCCUGCUGCCGCCCGACGCCUCCUCAAAGCCCCCGCAUACCCCGGGCGACACCCCUCAGAGGGCCCCGUUGGUGGAAAAACCACAGCUAAGCGACCUCCCGCCCAAGCCCCAGCUGUCCGACCUCCCGCCCAAGCCCCAGCUGUCCGACCUCCCGCCCAAACCGCUGCUGUCUGACCUGCCGCCCAAACCUCAGCUCAAGGACCUCCCGCCCAAACCUCAGCUAAGUGACAUCCCUCCAAAGCCGCUGGUGAGUGGGCGCCCCGCUCCGGGUGACGCAGGGGCGCCCAGAACACAGGCCGCAGACCUGCAGUUGUCCAGCCAACCGGAGGAGCUCUCCCCCAGGCAAGCCAGCGAGGACACCAACGGAGCCCUGCCCGGUGCUGUGGAGAUGCCUGUGCCACUGCCCCGGACGCUCAACACCGGGAAGAGUAAAACCAGACGGGUUCGGACCAUUUAUGACUGCCAGGCUGAUAAUGAUGACGAGCUGACCUUUGUAGAGGGGGAGGUCAUCAUCGUCACAGGAGAGGAGGACCCUGAGUGGUGGAUUGGGCACAUAGAGGGACAUCCUGAGAGGAAAGGGGUCUUCCCCAUGUCAUUUGUGCACAUUCUUUCUGACUGACAGCUGGAGAGACAGGUGUGAGGUCCCUCCUCUAGCACAAGCCCCGCCCUACCUUGACCUCGCACUGGACUGUGGGCGGAGUCUAUGUAAAUAGCUGCUGUUACAACAGGAAACAAAACAAAACCGUACAAAGAAUCUAACCCAGCCUCAUCGCAAUGAAGACUUGUACAUAAACUGUUAUCCUGCCUACCAGUAUUACCGUAGCCGUAACCCAGCAUGCAGAACUGGGUUUGCAGUAGCCAUCCUUUGAAUUAAGCACUUAAAAACGUUCUCAGUGUGUGCUGUAACUGUCUGUGUAUAGACAAAUCUGUGUAUGUCCGUGUUAGUGUAUCUUUGUACAUACACAUACACACCUAAGAGUGUAUAUAUGUUUGUACAGCAUAUGCAAGUGUGUAUUGAUGAAUUGACCCUGCCUGCCUAGAGAGUUAGGGCUGUCUUGUUCCAACGGCAAACCCUUUCAGCUGAACUGUUUACCGUCACCACCAUCUCUUGAGCUUCCGUAAGUAGAUAAUGGAUCCUCGGGUCUAUUGGAUAAGGAGUAUGUUAUUUAGAUACACAGUAUACUAACCCUGAUGUUCUAGUCCCACUCCCUUUACCGGCAUGGUGUCUGGGCAAUGAGACAGCGAGUUUACAGAGAUAUCUUUAACACUGAAAGGUUGGAGGAAGUAUUUAUUCAUGACAUAAAUAUAGUCUUUUUUUUUUUGCUUGUUAUGUGAUCCAUUUGAAAUUACUUUUCUGUCAUGGUAUUUUAUGCAAAACGGAGGUGACAUUGUGAUUGAGAGCCUACAAAGUCAAACUAUUUGCGGUGGUGUUGGUUGUCGUCUCUCUGGUUGUUUAUGAAGGACCACAGUUUGCGCAUUGUUCCUCUGGAUGUUACGGUAUUCAUUCUUUCCCCCCCUACUGGCCUAGCUUUGUUGAUAGAAAUUUUGAGUUAUGAUCAAAUCCAGUUAUCAAUAUUAUAGUACAAGGUAAAUCUUGAUUUACAUUUUCAUGUAAAUCUCCCCUUUUUGAGAACAGUAUCAAGCCUGAAUGUGAAGACUGCAUCACAAACACACACACACACAUAACACGCACACUCAAUGGAGGCAGAUACAGUAGCCUGGACAUUAUAAUGCACUGGGCAGGUAAAAAACUGGUCAUUUAUGUUCAUUCGGAGCAGGCAAGGUGGGUCUAGAGAUAUGCAAAAUGUAAUAAAUCAAAGUAUUGUGA